AUGCUAUCAAACGCUAAAAGACAGCGCACAGGUCGCCGCCCUGAUCGUCUCAAUUCAAGUCGAUCCGGCCCUGCAUCCUCCAUUCGCAACAGCGCUCCCCGCAGGUCCGCGGCAUCCACACAGCAGACAUCAAGACUGAGACGGGCUGAGACCAGCAGCGUGGCUGAUAACAACAGAGAGAGUAGUACCACCGAGCAGCCUGAAACGGAGGACUUUGACCAGAUCAUAGCAGCCAUCGACAUGAGAGAAGCAGGGACUGUCGGCUGUUCUUGGUAUUCCGCUCACGAAGAAAAGCUGUACCUGAUGGAAGACAUCAAGUUCUCCAACACUGAGAUCCUCGACACUUUGACUAUUCAGAUCAAGCCAACAAUCCUCCUGGUAUCGAGUCGGGUAGACCACUUCAGCCAACGGCUAGAGCAAGAAGAUGGCACCAGACCAUACCUACCUUACCAACUUGACACACGGCCGCCCCAAGAGUUCAACCACUUGAACGCGAAGAACAAACUGGUAGCACUGGAGGUAUCAUCGAGACAUGAAGACCGCUUCAGGUUCCUGGUACCACACGGCGGACUUGUUGAUACCGACCAGUUGGACAACGAGAACCUGGACUUUACCCUGCAGGAAGGCAGACAUCUGCACAUGGCUGGCUUCCUGGACUUGGAGAACAAGGUGACACUGGGAUGUGCCGGUGCUAUUCUUACGUAUCUCCAGAGAAGGCGGUCCUCCGACUUGAUAGCCGGAGACACAGCUUCGGCUUCAGGACUUUACCAGGUCAAGUCCUUCGAAAUGUCUGCUUUAAGUGGGACUAUGUUCGUCAAUGCAAGGACCCUAUCAGCCCUCCAGAUCCUCGAGUCCGAAUCACACCCUAGCACGGCCAACCAAGGACCAGGCAAGAAGUCAUCAUCCUCCAAGGAAGGCCUCUCGAUAUAUGGCCUGUUCCAACGCUUCGCAUGUACACCGCAGGGAAAGCAGCGGCUGCGACAAAUCUUCCUUCGACCUUCUACUCAACUCGACGUAAUACACGAGCGCCAUGCUCUGAUCGGUGUAUAUCUUCAGGCCGAUAACUACAAUCCCAUGAACAAGAUGGGGAAGAGCCUACGACAUAUCAAGAAUCUUCGGCCGGUGAUGCUCAACCUCCAGAAAGGGAUAAGCACUGGUAGUGGUAAGGUAUCUGGUUUCAAGACAACGGUUUGGUCCACGCUGCUGGCGUUUGCGUUCUAUGGCAUCGAUGUGCAUAAUGCUCUUAUGGAGACUUCUGGCGCACAUGGUCUGGGGUUGCAUAACAAAGCUCUACGAGACUUCGGUGCUGUAGACCUAUACGCAGUAGGAAGGAUGAUACAAGACAUAGUCGACAGCGAGAGCUCCGACGAGCAAGGCCGCACUGUGGUAAAGGCAGGCGUCGACAGGGAGCUUGAUAGGAUGAAAGACAGCUACGACGGGCUCGACAGCCUCCUGAAGCGCGUUGCUAUCGAAAUCGCAUCCACGAUCCCCGCAAGUUCCGACAUAGAUGUGAACGUCAUAUAUUUCCCGCAGCUAGGGUUCAACAUUGCUAUAGCUCUUACCGAUCGUGGUGAAGCAGCGUAUGAAGGCGAAGACUGGGAGCUCAUCUUCAUUACGGAAAAUCGGGCAUAUUUCAAGGACUUUAGAAUGAGGGAGAUGGAUGAGAAGCUUGGUGAUAUCUACGGGCUUAUCUGUGAGAAAGAAAUCGAGAUAGUUUAUGACCUAGCCCAGAGAGUUCUCCAGUACGACAAGGUGCUUGUCGAAGCAUCCGAUGUUUGUGGGGAAAUUGAUAGUCUCUUCGCUCUGGCCCAAGGGGUCACCUCGUACAAUCUAGUUCGUCCGAAGAUGGUAGAGGACAACAUCAUCAAGAUAAAGGGAGGCCGUCAUAUGUUGCAAGAGUUGACCGUCUCCUCCUACAUGCCAAACGAUACCUUUUUGGUAGGAGGUAUCCUAGAACAAUCGGCCGACUACUCCAAUCGUGCCCCUGAAGCUUUGAGGACAGGCUCAAGCCCAGCCAUGUUGCUGUUAACAGGCCCGAAUUACUCCGGUAAAAGCGUCUACAUGAAGCAGGUUGCGUUGAUGGUAUACCUGGCACAAACGGGAAGCUUCGUUCCAGCAGAAAGUGCAGAGAUUGGCAUCGUGGAUAAGAUUCUAGUCAAGUCCAAUUCCCAAGACAGUGUCUCGCAGAUACAAAGCACCUUCAUGAAUGACCUGCAGCAGAUAUCAUUUGACCUGAAACACUUGACUGGCCGCAGUUUGCUCCUCAUCGAUGAGUUUGGAAAAGGAACCCGCGAGAAUGAUGGCAUCGGAUUAGCCUGUGGCAUCCUCGAGCACUUACUUAGUCUCGAGGACGCGCCUAAGGUAAUCGCCGCUACACACUUCCACGAGAUCCUCGAGCACGGCUUCCUUCCACCGACUCCCCGACUACAGCUUGGCCAUAUGGAAGUCCAGGUGUCCGAGACUCAGGAACUAGAUAACCAGAUUACCUAUCUCUACGAUUUCCGUUUAGGCCGAAGCACCAAAAGUUUCGGAACGAUUUGCGCCGCCCUCAACGGAAUCAGCAAACCCAUCGUCGAUCGCGCGAACGAACUCGCUUCGCUUGCUGUGCGUGGCGAGGACUUGAUCGCGGCUUGUGCAGAGCUUUCUGAAGAGGAGAUGCAGGCGUUGCAAGAAGCUGAUGCAUUGGCUAGAAAUUUUCUCAGUAUAGAUUUUUCUCCUGGUUGUGAGGGUGAUAUUAGGGGGAUGCUGGAAGGGUUGCUUGUGACUUGAGGUGGUUGUUGCAGGGACAAAUUAUAUAUUCUUGGUCCGCUAUGGAGCAGGUGAGCAGCUGGCGGAUGUCACCUGUUUUACUGCAGUUGAAAUCUUAUCUCUUUCUGUUUUAAUUGUGCUUUGUUCUCACUCGUCUCGGGUAGGAGAUUUACCGAAGUAAGUGUAGUGAUAUGACAAAAUUGUCCAAAUAGGCGCAAGGUUGUAUCAUAAACAGUUCUAUAUACACUCGAAUCAGGCUUUUAACCACACUACUCAAACGCCACGAUGUAUCCUAGUGAGCAGAAAAUGAAGACACCCAAAAAAGAGAGGAGAAGCUUAGAGCUUGACACUCUUGACCAGGUUCUUCUUGAUACCAGUAAGUUCACCACCAUAGCCACCAGCACCCUCGCCACCCUUGUAGACCUGGCGAACACUGCUGAGCUUCUUCUUCUUAGCCUCGAACCGCAUCCUCUUCUUGACACGAGGGUUGCGGUUGAGCUUGUUACGCUUAGGCGCAAGACCCCUGUUCUUCUCGAUCUGGUAGGUGAUGGCACGUUUCCCGUCAGGUCCGAUUUCCUCCUGGAUCUCAACGCGUCCGCCUUCGCGAGCAGCGGCCUCAUAAGCCUCCUUCUUAUCGCCCUUGCGCUUGUUGGUGCGCGCCGCAACCAUGUCAUAGUAAUCGUCGUCGUCUGAGCCGGAGGCGUCGUUGCCACGGAGCUCCUUUCUGACCCGGUGGUCCUCCUCGUCGCUGUCGCCGCCGAGUUCUUCUGCACCCUGUGGCUUCUGUUUACCACGUCGUUCGGCUUCCGCAUUCAAGCGAGCCUGGCGGUCCCUCAAGCGCUCACGGUAAGGAAUAUCGGCAUCACCACCAGCGUCGCGGCCGGCUGCGCUGCGCUUGUUCGAUUUCUGUGCGAUUUGUGAUGUAUAGAAGCGGAGAGAGCGUUUCUGUUUAGCUUUCUCUUCGGCUUCCUUGGUAGUAAGAGCGUCCUCGUCACCAAAGUCGGAGUCGUCAGCGUCCUUCGAUGGGCCCUUGGCCUUCUGGACUACUCGUUUCCGGCCGGGCGCUGUGACAAGAUUCGAUAGGCCUGCAAGGUUGGCCUCUGUCUCUUCAAGUCUCUUUGCUCGUCGGGCUUCGGCUUCGGCUCGUGCUGCUUCUGCGGCACGUUCUGCCCUUGUGGGCUUCCUCUCUUUCUUGUCCGUCUUUGUCGCCUUGGUCUUCUUGCUUUCGGUUGUGAUGACUUCUGGCGUGUCCAUUUCCAUGUCGCUUUCAAUCUCGGAGAUAUCUUUCCUGGGUUUCACUUCAACAGGCGUAAUAUCCUUGACUGUAUCCCAAAGCUUUCGGAAAUUUACGAGCGAAGUCAUGACUGGGUGCGAUCGUAGUUGAGCUGGUGAGACUGUAGUACUGUCGUCUGAAGAUCCGCCGGCCGAUGUGAGGAGCAUGAAGUACAUGCUAAUUGCACCAAGAUAAGCGGACAGAGCGCGGUAUUUGACGACGGUGACGGGUGCGUGGUCCGCGACAUCGUCCUGUUUGGCAGCUUUUGCGGCCUCCGCCAGCGCUUGGUGGGUGGGCUGCAGGUCGACAAAGUCUUUUGCCAAGGGCUCAAACUCGGGGUAUCUUGAUUUGAGAAUCUUGAGUUUCUCCUCGGUGCCCAUGUCGUCUGUAAUUUCCAGCUGCGGCAAAACCUCAGUUACCUCCCCAGCUUCGGCCUUGGCUUCCUCUGGGCCUUUGCCGGACUCAGCCCAUUCCUCCUCAUCGAACCCGAAAUCCUCUUCGUUGAUUUCCUGUAAGUGUUUCUGCUGCAGUCGCUUAGCUUCCUCCUCUUCUUCCAGGGCGUCAGCUUCAGUUUCGAUUUGGUCGGCAUUGUAAAAGUCUUUCCUAGAAGAGCCCCAGGCGGCAAUGCCCUCCUCGUCUUCGUCGCCAGACCCCGGACUAGCACCACGCUUCUUCUUAGAUUGGAAUUGAUCUAGAUCGUCUUCAUCGUCCAUAUCGUCGUCUUCAUCCAGCUCUUCGUCAAACGACUCGUAACCCAGGAUUUCCUCAUCGGAUGGUUGUAGUGCCUCUUCUAGAACACGAUAUGUUAGAUCCGGAAAGAUAUUCCAGGCAAGACUUGUGCUCAACAAACCUUCCUCAGCCAGCUUCCGCCGUCUCUUCGCCUCUGGCGCUUCCUCCAGCAGAACCUGGUCGCGGCCGGUCUGGAACUCAUCUGCGGAAUCGUCGAAUCGCUCUUCAACGUCGAACUUGUAGUUCUCUUCCUCAGGAGUCUUGUUGGCCGCUGGUCGACCGCCGGCCUUUCUCUUUUUACCCAUGACUGAAUCUGAACAACUGCGUUGUAGACUGAGCGCAAAGCGGAGUCCAAAAU